UCUAGACUGAGUUCAGGCAGGAACCUAGAACCUAGAGGGGCGGAAGGAGAGCUUGCCUGGGACUAGGUGCUCUAGGCACAAGGAUGCUACAGCUGAGUCUGUCCUGGCUGGGAUUGGGGCCACUGGCAGCCUCCCCAUGGCUACUCCUGCUGCUGCUGGGGGCCUCCUGGCUCCUGGCCCGAGUCCUGGCCUGGACCUACACCUUCUAUGACACCUGCCGCCGCCUCCGAUGUUUCCCAGAGCCCCCAAAGAGGAGCUGGUUGUUGGGUCACCUGGGCCUGAUGAAGACCAAUGAGGAGGGCUUGCAGCUGACAGAGAAACUGGGCCACUACUUCCGUGACAUCCACGUCUGGUGGCUUGGGCCCUUCUACCCCGUCCUGCGGCUCAUCCACCCUAAGUUCAUUGCUCCCCUGCUCCAGGCCCCAGCCACUGUUGCACCUAAGAAUAGACUUUUCUACAACUUCAUGAAGCCUUGGCUAGGGGAUGGGCUUCUGCUGAGUGCUGGUGACAAGUGGAGCCGCCACCGCCAUCUGCUGACACCUGCCUUCCACUUUGAAAUCCUGAAGCCCUAUGUGAAGAUUUUCAACAAGAGUGCAGACAUCAUGCAUGCCAAGUGGCAGCGCCUGGCCUCAGAAGGCAACACUCGUCUGGACAUGUUUGAGCACAUCAGCCUCAUGACCCUGGACAGUCUGCAGAAAUGUGUCUUCAGUUUUGACAGCAAUUGCCAGGAGAAUCCCAGUGAAUAUAUUGCUGCCAUCUUGGAGCUCAGUGCCCUCGUGACUAAACGAACCCAGCAGAUAUUCCUGUACGUGGAUUUCCUGUAUCAACUCACCCCUGAUGGGCGGCGCUUCCGCAGGGUUUGCAACCUGGUACACAAUUUCACAGAUGCCAUCAUCCAGGAGCGGCGUCGCACCCUCAUCAGUCAGGGUUUUCAUGGCUUCCUCAAAGCCAAGGCUAAGACCAAGACUUUGGACUUCAUUGAUGUGCUCCUACUGGCCAAGGAUGAAGAUGGGAAGAGAUUAUCAGAUGAGGACAUCAGAGCCGAGGCUGAUACCUUCAUGUUUGAGGGCCAUGACACCACAGCCAGUGGCCUCUCCUGGGUCCUGUACAACCUCGCACGCCACCCAGAGUACCAGGAGCGCUGCCGGCAGGAGGUGCAACAGCUCCUGGGGGACCGGGAGCCUAAAGAGAUUGAGUGGGACGACCUGGCCCAGCUGCCCUUCCUGACCAUGUGCAUCAAGGAGAGUCUGCGCCUGCACCCCCCAGUCACGGUCAUCUCCCGCUGCUGUACCCAGGACAUUAUGCUCCCUGAUGGCCGUGUCAUCCCCAAAGGAAGCACGUGCGUCAUCAGCAUCUUUGGAGUUCAUCACAACCCAUCAGUCUGGCCGGACCCGGAGGUAUACGACCCCUUCCGCUUUGACCCAGAAACACCCCAGAAGAGGUCACCUCUGGCAUUUAUUCCCUUCUCUGUGGGGUCCAGGAACUGCAUAGGGCAGACGUUCGCCAUGGCCGAGAUGAAGGUGGUGCUGGCGCUGACCCUGCUGCGCUUCCGCGUCCUGCCCGACGAGGCGGAGCCGCGCAGGAAGCCGGAGCUGAUCCUGCGGGCAGAGGGCGGACUUUGGCUGCGGGUGCAGCCGCUGGGCGCGGGCUCUCAGUGACGCCACCACCCCACCCCCACCCUCACCUCACACACCUCCCCGUGCAGGGUCCCAGGAAAAAACUGUGCUGUCACCUCUGCCCCAGCCUCCCCGUGGCCUCCCAGGGCGUGGGCGUGGCCGGGUGGAGGGGACCCAGGUGUCUCUGAGCUCGAGACCCUGCCUGCCUCCCCUGCCCAGCACAGGGCCCCACGCUGAUUGUGGGUUCUCCUAGGGCCCUUUACAAAGGUGUAGCAUUUAUAGUGUGGGUAAUGGGAAACCAUGGCAGGUGUCUGAGCAGGAGAGGGACCAGAUCUAAGGAUGGGCUUUCAGGGUACAUUUGAGACUGAGUCACACAGGAGAACCCAUAACGAUGCCACACUCUAGCCACCCUGACCUCGGUUCUGAUCUCCUAAUAUAGCCAGUCUUUUCUCACCUCGGAAUCCUUCCCAAUGUUCCUAUGGUCACUGUAACAAUGUCUCCUUAAAGAUGAGGAUCACCUUGGAUGCUGAGGACAAGACCAUUUAAGGAAGGUGAAGGGGGUACCUAGAAGCAGUCAGGGUCAGAUGACCCCGGAUCUAGCACACCAUGGACUUGUGCUCCCAAAAUCACAACCCCAGUCUGCUAUUUGCUGGCUGUUUAGCUACGGGAACAGGGUGUCCCUCUCUGAGCCUCAGUUCCUUUACUGAUUAACAGGGGCCACUUCAUUGCCCUGUUGUGGAGUCUGAGUAAGUAAGCAGGUGCGGCAAGACUGAGUCAUCAUCUAUCUGGUAAGCUUCAGUCCUUAGUGAGGAUGUAUUUCCUCCCUUUCCCUCUCUGGCAUCAUGUUCCAAAUUUUAAAUUAAAAAGAAAUCUUAGAAGUUAAUUCUAAAUUUCCUGCUGUUAAAUGAAACUAUAAAACACAAAGCCCAAAAUGUUAAG